AGAGAAAGUAUAUUUAAAAAUCCUUUCGAAAAAAAGCCAUUUAAAAAAAAACUAAUAAUUGAUUUUUCAUGCCUGUCAAAGUGACGAAACCCAAAAGUUGCUAAUGAUCUGGAAAACCCCAAAUCGCCAAUUCGGUUUAAACAAGUUACUAAUUUCCUCAGAUUCCAAUUGCAAUUCAUAUUCCCUUCAUUUUUUCGAACAAAUCUGAAACUUCCUCAUCAAUUUACUGAUGGCGUUUACCGGAUCAAAUAACAUUCUCGAGGUGGGUUUGCGAUUGUUACUUAGUCCACCUGGUUCAAACAUUAUUGUUCGAACUGCUUGUUGUUCAGUAGGGGUAGUUUUGCCGGUUUAUAAUACUUUUAAAGCAAUCGAAAGGAAAGAUCCUGAUGAGCAACACAAGUGUCUUGUUUAUUGGGCAGCAUAUGGAUCAUUUACUGUUGCUGAAAUGAUUACGGAUAAGCUCAUUUAUUGGUUUCCCCUUUACUACCAUAUGAAGUUUGCUUUUCUUGUGUGGCUUCAACUUCCGCCUUCCGAUGGAGCAACACAGCUGUAUAUGAACCACAUACGUCCUUUCCUCUUGAGACAUCAAGCUAAACUUGAUCAUAUUGUGGGACUUAUGUAUAGCGAAAUGGCUAAAUUUGCUGCUGUGCACCAAGCAGAACUCCAAUUUGUAAAGAAAAUCCUUGGCAGCAUUGUUGAUUCAGCAACGCAAGCUCUUGGGGGAAUCCUGCAUCCGACCCAUGGAAGACGACGUGGUGGUGCUGGAAAUAAUAGUAAUGGUGGUGGUUAUGCUGCAAUCGAAGGUCCAGAAGAGGAAGAAGAUCCAGAACAUGAAGAUUGAUCAUUACCUUAAUGCAAUGUGUAAUGUUUUCAAUUUUUAUUCGUCGUUUCGUGCUGAUUGCUGAUCUUUAUCUUAUGCACACAUUAAUCCCAAUAUCUGGGAGCUUAAACAGAUUUGCUUUAAAAGAAACCCAGUUUUCUGCAGUGCUGUAAAUUGUAGAGCUGUAUAGCGUAUAGCCGUAUAGGAUAGUAUAAGUGUAGAUUAUGUUUUUGUUUUUUGUAUUAGUAGUUACAUGCUUGUAGCUUACCAAUCAAAUUUCCCAUUUAAGUUUUUUUUUUUUUUUUUUUUU